AUGACCUUGGAGACUGUUAAUUUCAAAAGAAGGGUGGAGAUAUUUACGAAGGCAGUUACGAUCAAAGAGGAAGAAGAAGAGUACAAAGCUUCUGCUGUUGACACAGUUAUUGUAUUUGAAACUUCACAAACCUUUGAUGACCAAGCUAAUGUUGUUGAUGUCAGGGUGGAAGAAGUCAAGGUGGAAGAAGUUAAUUUCGUUGUUGAAGACAAAAUUGCUGAAGUAAUUAUUGAAGAAACGAAUUUCAUGAUUAUAGAUGAUAAUACUGAAGCGGUGGAUGAAUUCAUUGAAGAAGUUGAAGAAGGAGAUAACUCCAAGGUCGAAACUCUUGAAACUGUGGAGGAAAUCAUGGAAGAAAAUAAUUUUGUUGAUGCGAACAAAUUUUUUGAGGAGGUAAUUUUGGUUGAACCAAGAAAGAAAUUCCAAGAGUCCAUGACAUCUACAACAGUGUAUCCCAUAGAUGACAAACAAGUCCAGAAACAUUCGACUAUAUUGAAGAGUGAAAUAAAAGUGGAGCAUAUUAAAUGCGAAGAUGUAAUUGUGGUGCAAGAGGAUGCAAAAGUGAUGGAGGUUUCGCAUCAUGAAGACCCAAAUGUUGAUUUACCCAUGGUGUGUCAGGAUGUGACUCCAACAGAUCGACCACCAGAGGAGACGAAGGGUGACGUUUGUGUGAACCCUUGUGUUACUGUUGUUAUUUUGUCGUCUUUCACUAUUAGUUUUGAUAAAAAGUUUUGCGUGAUUGGAGAUGGUGAGGUUUUGUUGAUGAUUCAAAGACUACAAGGCCAGUUAUUAUUGGAUGAUGACAAAAUGUUGUACCCUAUAGAAGACAAUAUGGGGGAGGUUUCACAAAGAAAUAUUCUUGGUGGUUGCGAUCAAACACGAAAAGUUGGUUCGUGUGGCGAAUCUAAACUUUUUUAUUGGCUACAGACAACCGAUGUUGUUAUUGGUUCUUCGUUUGUUAUUGAAGAACAUAAGGAGACAUGGGGUGAAGUUGGUGAUGAAAGAACGGAGAAGGAUGGUGUCUAUUCUGUUACAAACCAUCUUCCAAAAAGCAAAAAAGGAGUGAAUCAACAUGAAGAGUCAAGUCCCAAGUAUUCACAUGGGAAGGGGUUCAUAAUGUUUGGAUUCUUAUUUUUGUGGUGUACCUUAAGUUGGGAAGCCUCAAUGUUGGGACGUGCUAUUCACCAAUCCACAAAUAGAAAGCAUGAUUCGUUCUUUCAAAGGACUGAUGUUAACCUUUUAAAUUUUUACAAAGUUAAUUUCCAGGGUCCUUAUCUUUUUCAUGAGAAGUUGCAAAAAUGGUUUUUGUUCCAUAAAUGGAGAGUGUGGUAA